ACACACACCCCUCUCCGGUUACCGGGACCGUGUCAGAUGUGUUUCUAUUUUCUCCAUCUUUCCCUCCGACCCGGAACUACUGAGACUCUCUCUCCAUCACACACCAAACUCCGCCUCGCGCUCUCCGGUCUGUCACAACAACCGACCAGCGUCGGCUCUGCGGGCCGGACCGAGCCGGACCGAGCCGGAGCAGAAGCACAACAUGUCCCUGCAGCUCCCCCCGUGCGUGAUUGACUGCGGGACCGGGUACACAAAGAUCGGCUAUGCUGGAAACACAGAGCCACAGUUCAUCAUACCGUCCUGCAUCGCCAUCAAGGAGUCGGCCAGCGUGGGAGAACAGGCUCAGAGGAGGCUCGUACGAGGAGUCGACGACCUGGACUUCUACAUCGGAGACGAAGCUGUAGACAAACCCAACUAUGCAACCAAGUGGCCCAUCCGUCAUGGGAUGGUGGAGGACUGGGAUCUGAUGGAGAAGUUUAUGGAGCAGAUCAUCUUCAAAUACCUCCGAGCUGAGCCUGAGGACCACAGCUUCCUCAUGACAGAGCCUCCUCUCAACACUCCAGAGAACAGAGAGUACCUGGCAGAGAUCAUGUUCGAGACCUUCAACAUACCUGGACUCUACAUCGCAGUGCAGGCCGUGUUGGCGUUGGCGGCGUCCUGGACGUCUCGGCAGGUCGGACAGAGAACUCUGACCGGCAUCGUCAUCGACAGCGGAGACGGAGUCACACACGCCAUCCCUGUGGCUGAGGGCUACGUGAUUGGCAGCUGUAUAAAGCACAUCCCCAUCGCAGGGCGGGACAUCACCUUCUUCAUCCAACAGCUGCUCAGAGACAGAGAGGUGGGGGUUCCUCCUGAGCAGUCGCUGGAGACCGCCAAGGCUGUCAAGGAGCGGUACUGCUACAUCUGUCCGGACAUCGUGAAGGAGUUCACAAAGUACGACUCUGACCCGGGGAAAUGGAUCAAACAGUACCGCGGAGUCAACGCCGUCAGUAAGACCGCCUUCCACAUCGACGUGGGCUACGAGCGCUUCCUGGGCCCCGAGAUCUUCUUCCACCCCGAGUUCGCUAACCCAGACUUCAUGCAACCUAUCUCUGAUGUCGUUGAUGAUGUCAUUCAGAACUGUCCAAUCGAUGUGAGGAGACCGCUGUACAAGAACAUCGUGCUCUCUGGAGGAUCCACCAUGUUCAGAGACUUUGGGCGGCGGCUGCAGAGAGACCUGAAGAGAGUCGUGGACGCUCGACUGAAACUGAGUGAAGAACUCAGUGGAGGACGGAUAAAGCCGAAGCCGAUGGAGGUUCAGGUCGUCACACAUCACAUGCAGCGCUACGCCGUCUGGUUUGGAGGCUCCAUGUUGGCGUCCACGCCGGAGUUUUUGCAGGUGUGUCACUCUAAGAAGGACUACGAUGAGAUCGGCCCCAGCAUCUGUCGACACAACCCCGUGUUCGGCAUCAUGUCCUGAUGGCAGCGGCAGCUACAGACGGCUAGCCUGUUAGCCUGUUAGCCUGCUGCGUUGUUAGCCUGUUGGCUUUUCAGCCUGCUGCCCACUAGAUAGCCAGCCAGCUAACCCGUUAGCCCGUGGGCUUUGAAGCUUGCUGGCCUGUUUACCUGCUAUCUGCUAGCCACCAGCCACUUAGCCAUUACCCUGUUAAUCUCUUGCCCCAUUCAGUUUUUAGCCCGCUAGGCUAUUAGACUGUUAGCAGGCUAGCUCAGUCUCAUCAAGCAGGUCUGGAGAAACUGAAGCACAAAAAAACAGUGAAAAGCAAGUGUGGUGUCGUAUUUCUUGUACAAAACAACCACAGAACCUUUAUCCAGAAGGGACAUUUAAAGGCAACCCAAGGAUUUCUCCAGACUUCGAGCUGAGGUCUAGCUAGCUGACAGUCUGCUAGUCUGUUAGCCAUCCCCAAAAACAUAGCACUGCUAAGAGUGUUUGUGUUGAAGUUUAAGCUGUUGGCCUGACUGAAGAUGACAGAGAUGAUCUUCUUUCUGAGUUCAGAGAAAUGUUCACAGCACAGACACAAGCUGAGUUUACAGAGUUUCUUUUCACAUAGCGAUCUGAUUUAGGAGGAGCUGGAACUAGAUUCAUUUAGCUGCAGUUUAGACGCAGGUUAAAGAGUCGGAUCGAAAAACAUCUUCACCUUCAUCCAGAGUGACGUCUAAUCGAUACACAACAAAUCUUGUUCCAGAAAAGCUGUGAAGAUACUGGCAGAGCUUUAAUCAACAGUCAGGGCAACACACACGGCGUCAGGAUACAAAGGGCCGGUCAGUCUGCUGCACCAACCUCUGGAUGAACGAUGAAAGGUGUGUUUAACGUCACGUGAAAACACAGAAAAGAUUCACUAUUUUUAAUGCAGCACUUGUGUUGAUACUAAUCAAAGCCAAGGAGAGAAUCCUGUUUCGUCUUUCUGUCCUUUGGUUCUGCUGUGAAUCCGCCAGUGGUCAUCUCUUUCCUCUUCGUUUCUACAUUGAGUCAGUCACAUCUUCUGCAUAUGUCUGAACACAUUUAUAGACCUGCUGUCAGUGUGUUAGCAUGUUAGCACAGCAGCUGUCAUUAUGACUGGAUGAUCCAAGUCUUGAGAUUUCAUACAGUUCCAAGCUAAGCUCAUCUAAUCACAUGAAGACUAAAACCACAAAGCCUUCAAGUGGAAUUAAUCUUUUUGUGACACCUGAAGCUGAGUCUCAGUGAUGUCUGUUGUCUCUAAACUAACAACAGUGAAAGUGGCAUGGAUGCUAAUUGUCACUGAGGUGUCUGUUCGUAAAUGUUCCUUAAAGCUUUAUUCAGACUUUUACCAAAGUUAAACUCGAAUCAAUGAUCACAGCAAAGAGAAAGUUUUUGUGCUAAUUUUGAUCCAUCCAUAACUUUGGUCUUGACCAAUAUUUCAACAUCUUCUUGCGAUGGAUAUUUCUAUGUUUUGGUGAGGACCUGAUGUUUUCUCUAGCGCCACAAUCAGGACAAAAUUUCCCCUUUGACCAACAUUUCGGUCCAUGUUAAAUAAUCUUAAGAAUUACUUGCCAGACUGCCAUGAAACUUACUAAAGUUAUAUAUACUUAUACUGAACACGCUUAUUCUGGGAUGUAACACUGUGGCCUCUAGAGGGGGCUAGCAGGAGUUGUUGCAGUAUAUCAUAGUAUAUCAGAGGUUUUCAAACUGAGGCGCCUCCCCAGGGGGCGAGAUGUCUCUGAGGUAAAAAUCAACCCUUAGUGAUCCAUCGCUGUAAUUCGCCUUAAAACCUCCCUCCUUCUCAGAGUCAUAACUCAUGAAACUCACAUUGAAUCGUUCAGUGCGACUCACACUUCCAUACGAGAUCAUCGUCUCUGACGUCCGUCCAUAAAAAACCUCCAGAAAUCCACUGAGACACCAGAGAAGAAAGCCACUGCAGAACCUGCCUGAGAAUCCUGCUGUUUCUAAGUUUCCUUUAGUCUCACAGUGAUCCAGAGACAGCUGUCUGUCCGUCCACGGGUCCACUGCAGACAGGAGCUGCUGACUGCUGGUUCAGCUGCUCUGAUGGGACAGUUUGACUACAUGGAAACUAAUACACGUUAAAAAGGGGGGGCUCAAGUUGUAGCUCACAGCUAACUCACUAACUCCAUGACAACAUUAUACUUCCUGUUUACAUCUCCCAAAGAGCAUGAUUAGCCCCCAAAUAGAAGUGAGACAGAAAUAUUUUCAUGUUCAACUAUUAUGUUUUAGAUGUGACGCAGUGAGCGAGUAUUAUUCACCAUCUUUUAUUUGAAUAUGUUUAUGUUGUUCAAUAACUUUAUUGUUUUUGUUACUUUAGAUACAACAAACAUGACCGUGACUCAGCAUGAGGUGACAACGUGUUGCUUCAUAUUAAAAUAUGACUCCAUGACAGGAGGUUACAGAGCAUCAGGAAUUAAAGAUGAACAGCACAAACAAACAGUGUCUCAAGAAAAAAUACACAACAAUAAACUGUUUUAACUUCCUUUUCAUUCUCUGGGUAGCAGAGUUUUGAUUGGUUGUUUCCAUUAAAGGGACAAUAACUGUUUCUUGUGCUUUGUGUCAGCAGUGAGAGCUGCAGGUAGUUUCACGUUUUAUUGUUUGUAUUUAUUUCUUUUUGUUUGCUUCUGUAUUCCUUCACAUGUAGCUCAGAGUCACAUCAGUCGCUCGUGCAGACACAUUUACAUUUGUUCUUCAUAUUUAAAUAAGUACAGUUUGAGUUUGUUUUAAUAGUUUGAGUAUAAUUAACUUCCAGAAGUGACUGAUGUGACUCUGAAUCACAAACUGUGAAUAACUGUGUGUGUUGAUGUUUCAGUGUUUUACAGCCUGUAUCAUAAACUACUGCACUCAGAGUGUUUAUAUUUGUAAAGAAACAGAGUUUAACGCAACACAGAGGAGAACUAACAUAUUAUAAAGUUAAAUAGCCUAUAGACACACACACAUAUGUGUGUGUGCUGAGAGUGCACUGAGGCAUCAAACUGAUCCAGGAACAGGUCUAAACCACAAGUAGCACCGUCAGCUGGAGUAUGGUGCGUUCAGGUACAAUCAUGGGAAACUAAUUGUUAUUUAGAAACACAGAACGUGUUUAUAGGUGCAGCAUCUGUACCGGUGCUGUUUUCUUUAUUUAGAUCUCUUUUAGGACAAAGUCCAGUCUUCCAUGAAGACUUUCAAAAAGACAAAAGACGUCUCUGUGAUUUGCAUGAACACUGGAAUAAAGGAUAAGAGGAAGAUGGAGGCAUUCACCAUUAAUGCAUUCACCAAAGACAAGAAAGUUGGAGAUGUUUUAUGUAAGUUAGCCUGUGUUAAUGACGAGAGCAGGAGCUUGUGAUGAAGGUUCAUCAUCACUGAGAGGACAGAAGCAACGAUACCUGAUUUCAGUUGCUUUCAUGUCCUCCUCUGAGGCUGUCGUUGAUUUUGAUAUGUGACUAAUAUAACACCAGAGGACACGAUGUCACCAUUCAGUGUCGAUAUAUAAAUAAUUAAGUCAAAACAAAAUGGUAGCUCAGGCAUCUAAACUGUUGGGAAUGUCCGGGUACAUCUGAUGUACAUCAGUCUGACAAAAGACUGCUCACUGCAGGUUUAUGACACGCCACACAGAAAACUGUGUCCCUCUUUAACUGACCUGACCCCUCCUACAUUAGCUCCUACAUCAGCUCCUACAUCAGCUCCUAUGUCAGCUCCUACAUUAGCUCCUACAUCAGCUCCUAUGUCAGCUCCUACAUCAGCUAGUAUGUCAGCUCCUACAUUAGCUCCUACAUCAGCUCCUACAUUAGCUCCUACAUCAGCUCCUAUGUCAGCUCCUACAUCAGCUCCUACAUUAGCUCCUACAUCAGCUCCUAUGUCAGCUCCUACAUUAGCUCCUACAUCAGCUCCUAUGUCAGCUCCUACGUCAGCUCCUACAUCAGCUCCUACGUCAGCUCCUACAUUAGCUCCUACAUCAGCUCCUACAUUAGCUCCUACGUCAGCUCCUACGUCAGCUCCUCAUUGAUUAGAUAUGAACAAUAUCUGUAAUUAUGAGAUGCUGAGUCGUAGCUACGUGAUGAUGGUGAAUGUGAUGCACAUGAACCUGAAACUGUGUCAGCUCUGUUCACCGUUCACAUCUACACAGUAACUCAUAAACACCUCCAUCAGCCCUGCAGGUAGCUGCUGCUAUGAAAUGUAUUGAUUAUGGCAGCUGAACAGCUGACUGUGUUCAGAGGUGACCUUGUGGUUUGGACCUGAGUCUCUGGAUGAGGGCAUGUGUAAAAAACACAACAGAUAUUUAGUUUUAUGCAAUGAAAUCAUAUUUUUGUGGACGAGCUGGACCUGAACACAGCUGAGUGAGAUUCAAUGUAUGUUAAUGAUCUGUGGUUUGAUAUUGAGCUAAUCAAUAAACACUCACCUUCAACACCGA